AUGACCGUUACAUUACAUUUAAGAGCUGAAACCAAACCAUUAGAAGCUAGAGCUGCUUUAACCCCAGCUACUACUAAAAAAUUAUUAGAAGCAGGAUUUAAAAUCUUUGUUGAAGAAAGUUCUCAAUCAACUUUCAAUGCUAAAGAAUAUGAAGCUGUUGGAGCUACUAUAGUUCCAGAAGGUUCAUGGAAAACUGCACCAAAAGAUAGAAUUAUCUUUGGAUUAAAAGAAUUACCAGAAAAUGAAACAUUCCCAUUGGUUCAUGAACAUAUUCAAUUUGCUCAUUGUUAUAAAGAUCAAGGUGGAUGGCAAGAAGUUUUAGGUAGAUUCCCUGCAGGUAAAGGAACUUUAUAUGAUUUAGAAUUCUUAGAAAAUGAUCAAGGAAGAAGAGUUGCUGCUUUUGGAUUUUAUGCUGGAUUUGCUGGGGCUGCUAUUGGAGUUUUAGAUUGGGCUUAUAAACAAAUUAAUGGUGAUGAAGGUAAUUUACCUGGUGUUACACCAUAUGCUAAUGAAGAUUUAUUAGUUAAAGAUGUUAAAGUUCAAUUAGAUGCUGCUUUAGCUAAAAAUGGUGGUGUUUACCCUCAAUGUUUAGUCAUUGGUGCUUUAGGUAGAUGUGGUAGUGGAGCUAUUUCAUUAUUCAAUAAAGUUGGUAUUCCAGAAUCUAAAUUAUUAAAAUGGGAUAUGGCUGAAACUGCUAAAGGUGGUCCAUUCCAAGAAAUUGUUGAAUCAGAUAUUUUCAUAAAUUGUAUUUAUUUAUCUAAACCAAUUCCUCCAUUUAUUAAUUAUGAAACUUUAAAUAAUGAAAACAGAAAAUUAAGAACUAUUGUUGAUGUUUCUGCUGAUACUACCAAUCCUCAUAAUCCAAUUCCAGUUUAUUCAAUUGCUACUGUAUUUAAUGAUCCAACUGUUCCUGUUGAAACCACUAAAGGUCCAAAAUUAUCAGUUUGUUCAAUUGAUCAUUUACCUUCAUUAUUACCAAGAGAAGCUUCAGAAUUUUUCGCUAAUGAUUUAUUACCAUCUUUAUUACAAUUACCUAAUAGAGAUACUGCUCCAGUAUGGGUCAAAGCUAAAGAUUUAUUCGAUCACCAUGUUGCUAGAUUAAAUAAACUUUAG